CUCGACACCCCGACAAUUGACACGCCAGUCAAACGAUGGAUCAUGCCAGAUAAAUCAACUAAUUCAUUGUAUUAUUCCUGGAUUACACUUGUUCCAACCCUCAUCAAUCCUUUACUUCGCUAUUCCACGCAAACACAUGGAAAAACACUAGAAAUCAUCCACCCAGCCAUAUCUGUAUGCAGGACACCAUCAUGUUCACCAAAACAAGCCACAUUGAUGUGUUUAUUUUUCGACCAUAAACUUAUCGUUAUG